UCUUUCUGCCCGUGGACGCCGCCGAGUAAGCAUCGUGAAAGUCUCCCCUCCCACCGCCGUCAUGUCUAAGUCAGAGUCUCCCAAAGAGCCUGAACAGCUGCGGAAGCUUUUCAUUGGAGGUUUGAGCUUUGAAACAACCGAUGAGAGUCUGAGGAGCCAUUUUGAGCAAUGGGGAACGCUUACGGACUGUGUGGUAAUGAGAGAUCCAAACACCAAGCGCUCCAGAGGCUUUGGGUUUGUCACCUAUGCCACUGUGGAAGAGGUGGAUGCAGCCAUGAAUGCAAGGCCACACAAGGUGGAUGGAAGAGUUGUGGAACCAAAGAGGGCUGUCUCGAGAGAAGAUUCUCAAAGACCUGGUGCCCACUUAACUGUGAAAAAGAUUUUUGUCGGUGGCAUUAAAGAAGACACCGAAGAACAUCAUCUAAGAGAUUAUUUUGAACAGUAUGGGAAAAUUGAAGUGAUUGAAAUCAUGACUGACCGAGGCAGUGGCAAAAAGAGAGGCUUUGCUUUUGUGACCUUUGACGACCAUGACUCUGUAGACAAGAUUGUCAUUCAAAAAUACCAUACUGUGAACGGCCACAACUGUGAAGUAAGGAAAGCUUUAUCUAAGCAAGAGAUGGCUAGUGCUUCUUCCAGCCAAAGAGGUCGAAGUGGUUCUGGGAACUUCGGUAGUGGUCGUGGAGGUGGUUUUGGUGGGAAUGACAACUUUGGCCGUGGAGGAAACUUCAGUGGGCGAGGUGGCUUUGGCGGCAGUCGAGGUGGUGGUGGAUAUGGUGGCAGUGGGGAUGGCUAUAACGGAUUUGGUAACGAUGGAAGCAACUUUGGAGGUGGUGGAAGCUAUAAUGAUUUUGGCAAUUACAACAAUCAAUCUUCAAAUUUUGGACCCAUGAAAGGAGGAAAUUUUGGAGGCAGAAGCUCUGGCCCCUAUGGUGGUGGAGGUCAAUACUUUGCCAAACCACAAAACCAAGGUGGCUAUGGCGGUUCCAGCAGCAGCAGUAGCUAUGGCAGUGGCAGAAGGUUUUAAUUACUGCCAGGAAACAAAGCUUAGCAGGAGAGGAGAGCCAGAGAAGUGACAGGGAAGCUACAGGUUACAACAGAUUUGUGAACUCAGCCAAGCACAGUGGUGGCAGGGCCUAGCUGCUACAAAGAAGACAUGUUUUAGACAAUACUCAUGUGUAUGGGCAAAAAACUCGAGGACUGUAUUUGUGACUAAUUGUAUAACAGGUUAUUUUAGUUUCUGUUCUGUGGAAAGUGUAAAGCAUUCCAACAAAGGG